AUGAGGGUCACAAUUGUGAUGGGAGGAAGUGAAUUUUCCAUUGACGUAGAGCCUCAGGAAACAGUUCUAAAUAUCAAACAGAAGAUAGAGCACUUGCUCAGCAUUCCAGUAGCCUCACAAACUCUAGCCAUAUGGGGUUGGGAAUUGAUCGAUGGACUCGACAUGGAAGAUUAUCCCAUCAUCAACGAAUCCACCAAAAUCCAUUUGAACAUCAACUCCAUGCCAGCACUCAUUGAAGAACACAGUAAAAUCCAAAUCACUGUAAAGUUCUCAGCAAGAAAGACUACCUUUGAGGUCGAAAAAACAGAAACUGUUCGAAGCCUGAAAGAGAAAAUCCACAUCAUUGAUGGCACCCCAAUAAAGAGAAUGGCACUGUACUUCUCAGGACAAGAAAUGGAUGAGGAAUUUCGCUAUCUAACCAAUUAUGGUAUCUCAGAUAAAGCAGAAAUCAUCGUAUUCCUGAAAAGCACAGCUCGAAUGAUUGCUGAUCCUCCUACAAGAAGGCUUAGUCUGGCAGUUCAGACCUCCUCUACAUUGCUAAAUGCAGCAACCAUUCCUUUGGACAUUAGCGAUUCGAGUACUUUAACUGAGCUGAGACGGUUGCUCGUGACAAACAAAAUACUUCCUCCAGAUGACUAUAUUUUCAUCCAUAAACAGAGAAUAAUGCGCGAAAAUUGUAGUCUGCGAUGGCAUGGAGUUGGAAAUGGAGAUUUUCUCUAUGUUUUCAAAGGAACUGUUGGACCAGGUCGAUUCUGA